GUUGUUGAACUCUUUUCUGUCUAAAUGUGCAGAGGAUGGCGUCCUAAAUAAGUUUUAAACAAAGGGCAGAGGAGAAGAAUCCCAAAUCGGUGAUAUCUUUAUUAAGAGCAGCCGAAAUUCCACAAAAUUGAGUUCUCCGUAACAUUUCAUCAGGCUGGAGUUGGUACAAGAAGCAGCAACGGUCUCUUCCCCCAUCCCUGCUGUUUGUACCAUCCAGCCUGAUGAAGAAUUCUGGAGGACUCGAAAGCUUGCACAUUUUGUGGAUUUUGCAUUCCCCCCUUCCUCCCCCUAAGCGGAGUUUAUUACAGUGCAAUCCUGGACGUGUCUGCUCAGAAAUAAAUCCCAUUAGUUCCCAUCUGACUUUCUCCCAGUGCCUCUCUCGGCCAUGGGGCUGAAGACCACCCAAAAAGCCCUCUUCCCGCUGCGUUCGGUGUCGGACGUGGUACAUCUCUUUGAACUAGAGCUGCAACGGGAGCAGCCUGACUUGGUGUUACUUUCGCUGGUCUUGGGCUUCGUGGAGCACUUCCUGGCCGUCAACCGCGUCUUGCCCACCAACGUGCCGGGCAUCAGCUUUGAGCCGGCGCAGGGCCCCGACAGCCUGACUUACUUCCCGGUGGCCGACCUCAGCAUCAUCGGGGCCUUGCACGCCCGCUUCACCGCCCAAAUCCGUGGCGCCGUCGAUCUCUCGCUCUACCCCCGGCCGGAUGGCUACUCCUCGCGGGAGCUGGUCAAGAAAGUCUCGGACGUCAUCUGGAACAGCUUGAGCCGCUCGUACUUCAAGGACCGGGCUCACAUCCAGUCACUGUUCAGCUUCAUCACAGGCACCAAGCUAGACAGCUCUGGGGUGGCCUUUGCGGUGGUGGGUGCCUGCCAGGCACUGGGGCUCCUGGAUGUCCACUUGGCCCUCUCCGAGGACCACGCCUGGGUGGUCUUUGGCAAGGACGGGGAACAGACCGCGGAGGUGACGUGGCACGGCAAAGGCAACGAGGACCGGCGUGGGCAGACCGUCAACUCCGGCGUGGCUGAACGGAGUUGGCUGUACCUGAAGGGCUCCUGCCUGUGCUGCACACGCCAGAUGGAGGUGGUCUUCAUGGUGUGCGCAAUCAACCCUUCCAUAGACCUGCAUUCCGACAGCCUGGAACUCCUGCAGCUGCAACAGAAGCUACUGUGGAUUCUCUUUGACCUGGGCCAUCUGGAGAGGUACCCGAUGGCAUUGGGGAACCUGGCGGAUCUGGAAGAGCUUGAACCCACCACUGGCCGCCCCGACCCCCUCUACAUUUACCAUCAGGCCAUCAACUCAGCCAAGCAGUAUUACCACAAUGAGCACAUCUACCCGUACAUGUAUCUGGCUGGGUACCACUGCCGGAACAAAAACGUCAAGGAAGCGCUGGAGGCCUGGGCCGACUCCGCCACUGUAAUCCAAGAUUAUAACUACUGCCGAGAAGACGAGGAGAUCUACAAGGAAUUCUUCGAUGUGGCCAACGACGUGAUUCCGAAUUUGCUAAAAGAGGUGGCCAGCCUGGCUGACGCAGCUGAAGAAAAGGGGGAAAGAGGAUUGGCUUCGCCCUCCCAAGGAGGCGGAUCGGCCCUGCAGGAUCCCGAGUGCUUCGCGCACCUCUUACGCUUCUACGACGGCAUCUGCAAAUGGGAAGAGGGCAGCCCCACGCCAGUCCUCCACGUGGGCUGGGCCACUUUCCUCGUCCAGUCUCUGAGCCGUUUUGACGGGAUGGUGCGGCAGAAGGUGACCCUCGUGAGCCGGGAGGUGGACGCCAAUGACGAUGAUGACCAAGGCAGCGAGGAUCCGCGGGAGGGGCGCCGCCGGGGGCCCCGCCGGGAGUCCAAGCCGGAGGAGCCUCCUCUGCCAAAGAAGGUGACCGAGCGCCGGAGGCCCAGCUCCGGCCAGCGGGUGGACAGACCCCUCUCAGAGAAGGAGGAGGGCCCCAGUUGCGGCCUGAGCCCACCUCCUGAAGGGCCCGUCCUCACCUUCCAAAGCGAGAAGAUGAAGGGCAUGAAGGAGCUGCUGGUGGCCGCCAAGAUCAACUCCAGCGCCAUCAAGCUGCAGCUCACGGCCCAGUCCCAGGUGCAGCUGAAGAAGCAGAAAGCCUCUGCCCCCCGGGACUACACCCUGUCCUUCCUCAAACGGCCCCGGAAGUCCCUCUGAGGCUCCCGGGCGCCGGCGUCACUCCGGGAAUCCGGGAAGGCGAUGCGCAGUUCUGAGGACUUUUCCAGCUACGUUACAGCGGCGGGAUUUGUUGGGCGCUCCGCUCUCUUUGGUCGGCCAUUGUUCACCUUCCCCGGAGGCAAGAGAAUUUGGAAAGGAUGACCCUGCUCGGGUCGUGAGGCGGGAGGAAGGGCUCCUGGGGGGCUCUUCCCUACUGUUGCGGCUCGCUUGACAGCCCUUUCCUGGAAGCGGAGAGCUCGGGCACGGGUUCGAAUGCCGCAGCAGCCAAGAGGCACAUGUUUUCAAGGCGCCGAGGAAGUUGGGGGUGUAGAAUUGGGGAGCAGAGGGGAGGGGACGUGUGAGAAAUGAGUGUCUUAAGGGAGAGGAUCGCUACCUCCUCGGUUACCGCAUUUGCAUAAAAGGGAAACGAGGCUAGCAUUUGUACCAGCCGAGAUGGGCAUUGUUGUCGGGGGUUUUUUCCUAAGAGAUAGUUGGAUUAAUAAAUUUUGCGAGUUUUUUCUAAAAAGAAAGAAA